AUGAGGCAGAAAAUUGAUGAACGACGGCGACGUGGUCGGAACGAGAAUAAUAAUCGAGGCGAGAUUAGCGCAUCAAUCCUCGUUGACCAUUCCCAGGGUGGUUCCCCGUCACUUCGUACCCCGGUAUAUGAGGGUAUCGGCUAUGAUUCUUCUUCUCUUCUUUCACAGAUUUCCAGCUCCAGCCACCUGUCGGGUUCUUCUAAUCAAUUCGUGUCUUCGUUUAAUUCAAAACAAUCCGCCAACCCCUAUCAAAUGCACAACCUCUCACACGAGGACACCAUCCAAGCCGAAAGUGGCCCCGUGUGGAAUGUU